AAUGACGGAAGGGAGGCGGGCGCUUCCGACAACGCGCAAGGGGCGCCGGAAGUGGCGCCAGGGAGGCGCGGCGCUAGCGCGGGGCUCGCCGUGCCGCUGGCGGGAGAGGUGCGGCCGCCGCGCCGCGGGCACGUGCGCACGGUAAUCAUUGAGUGGGACUUCAGAAGCGGAUUGCUAAAACUGACAGAAAAUGGCAUAUCGAAGAGAUGAAAUGUGGUCUGAAGGGCGAUAUGAAUACGAAAGACUUCCAAGAGAACGGCUUCCUCCAAGGAUUCAUCCUGAUGAUGACUACCAUAGAGUAGUAAACAUUGUACCCAAGAAACCACCACUGCUUGAAAGACCUGGGGAUGGAAGUUACAGCCGGUACGAUGAUUACAGUCACGUUGACUACAGAGACUAUGAGGAGGGUCGCAGUUUUGCCCAUGAACGAAGAAGUGGUCCACCACACCGAGGUGUACGUAAGGAUGAAUCAGGAUACAGAUGGCCAAGGGAGGAUCAUCCUAUAAGUCGGCAGCCCGAAUACAGGGACAUCAGAGAUGGCUUCAGAAGAAAAAGCUUCUAUCCUUCCCAUUAUAUGAGAGAGCGAUCCCCUCAUAAGAGGGACUCUCCUUUCUUCAGGGAAUCACCUGUGAGCCGAAGGGAUUCUCCGCACAGCAGAUCUGGCUCUAGUGUCAGCAGUAGGAGCUACUCUCCUGAAAGAAGCAAAGUCUAUCCUUUCCACCAGUCCCAGCAUAGCAGAAGUAUGUCAUCUUUACAUAAAAGAAAUAUUUCUUCUCAGCAAGGUAAAGAGAGGACUUCAGCUCAGUCAUUGAAAACGUCAAGAGAUACAUCACCGUCAGGUUCCACAGCAGUACCCUCAUCAAAGGCCUUGGAAAAGAGCAACAGACUAUCAGAAAAGGAACUUGCAGAAGCUGCAAGCAAGUGGGCAGCUGAAAAGUCGGAAAAGGCUGACGAAAGCAAUUUACCGGAUAUUACAGAGUAUGAUGCUGGAUCUUCAGCUCCAUUAUAUGUUGAACAAACAGAGGAAACGGAAACAAAUAUAACGGAUAGUACAGAGUUAUAUGAGGAUGGCCUGCUCCUUGGCCGUUCAAAAGCAAUUGCAACUAAGACCAAGGAGAUUGAACAGGUCUACAGACAAGACUGUGAAACCUUUGGCAUGGUAGUGAAGAUGCUAAUUGAUAAAGAUCCUUCAUUAGAGAAGUCCAUUCAGUUUGCCCUCAGACAGAAUUUGCAUGAAAUAGGUGAGCGAUGCAUUGAAGAACUCAAACAUUUUAUUGCCCAGUACGAUGCUGCCAAUCAAGACUUGUCAGAAUCCUUCAAAGAGGGCUCAUAUUAAGGACAAAAAUACACUUUUAGAUCCUCUGUAGUGUAUACGCCAUAAUAUACAAAUAUGCUUUUUGUGGGGGAAGAGGAGUUCUUGUUGGAGAUCUGAACCCAAGGCCUAUGCUCCUCAUUGUAGCUAAGAUGGCUAUACCUUGUUCAUUGUGGUAUUCACAAUUGUAUUCUUCCUACCUGUACUUGUUGACAUUUAUUCCUUUGAAAAGGAUAUUCUCUUCAAUAAUGCUGUAAAGUGACAAACUAUUUUUGGAACUUUCACACAGUUACCUAGGAAAAAAUGUUCAGUCUGAUGUAUGUACACUUACAUUUCAAUGUUUAGAAGUGUAACUACAGGCACUGUAUUUUUUAUUAAAAUAACAAGAAAUAGUU